CGUCAGUUUGUGGAAAUUGUCAGAGUGGCAAGAUGGCUACGGAACCAAAUAAGACUGAGAUCCUCACCAUUUUCAAAAGAUUAAGAUCAAUUCCUACUAACAAGGUAUGUUUUGACUGCGCAGCCAAGAACCCCAGCUGGGCCAGUAUUUCGUACGGUGUGUUCUUAUGCAUUGACUGCUCUGGCAUCCACCGCUCCCUGGGAGUGCAUCUCAGCUUCAUCAGGUCCACGGAGUUGGACUCCAACUGGAACUGGUUUCAACUUCGAUGUAUGCAGGUUGGAGGCAACGCCAAUGCGACGGCGUUCUUCCGCCAGCACGGCUGCUCCACAAACGACACCAACGCCAAGUACAACAGCCGUGCAGCCCAAUUGUAUAGGGAGAAGAUUCGGCAGCAAGCAAACGCUGCAUUGUCAAAAUAUGGCACAGAUGUAGAGCUCAAAAGCCUGAAAAGGAAUCCAUCAGGUCCAGAUACACUGUGGAUCGACUCGUCUGCAGCAGGAACUCCUGCAGCUCCUGAGAAAAAAGAGACAGACUUCUUUGCAGAACAUUCACAGUCUGCUAAUGACUGGAGCAUGGCGCCGCCCUCUGAGCCGGAGCAGAACGGAGCCGCCGUCACCCCACAGCUGACCGAAACGUCGGCCAAAAGCCCGGACGACAACCAGCCGGAGGAAGGACCCAGCAUCGAAGGUCUUAGCACGUCACCCAAAGCCUCCAUGGACGACUCCAUGCGCUUGUCAGCACAGGAAGGAUGGACACCUCCAGAAGUGAAGCCUUCCAUUAUUGGGAAAAAGAAGCCAAUGGCUGCCAAAAAAGGGCUUGGUGCAAAGAAAGGUCUCGGCGCCCAGAAGGUGAGCAGUAAGAGUUUCACAGAGGUGGAGAAGCAGGCGCAGGUGGCCGAGAAGCUGAGAGAGGAGCAGGCUGCUGAGGCCAAGAAACAAGCCGAGGAGUCCAUUGUGGCCUCGAUGCGUUUGGCUUACAAAGAGCUGGAGAUCGACAGGAAGAUGGAGGAGAAGAAGAUUCAGACUCUGGAAGGAAAGAAGAGAGAGCAGGCUGAGAGGCUGGGCAUGGGCUUCGGCAACAGGAGUGCCGUGUCUCACUCGGUGAUGUCGGAGAUGCAGGUGAUCGAGCAGGAGACUCCUGUGGGAGCCAAGUCCUCCUCUCGCUCCAAACUGGACAUGUUCGAUGAGCCGGGUUUCACCUCUGGACCCCCAAAAUAUAAGGACAACCCGUUUACAGUGGGAGACAGUUUUGGAUCCCGAUGGGACACAGAGGGAGGAACCGCCUCCUUCACCACCUCCUGGGCUCUGGAGAAGGAGGACCCCAAGGAGGAGGUCACCAUCUCUAGUAUUCAGCCAAUCGGAGAGAGACUUCCCAGCAGAAGAAAAGCCGACGUGUCCGCUCCCGUGUCUGAGUCGAGUGAGGCACGACAGAAAUUUGCAAACGCUAAGGCGAUAUCUUCAGACAUGUUCUUCGGUCGGGAGAGCAGCGCAGAGUAUGAUGCAAAGACCAGACUGGAGACCAUGUCUGGAAGCACCUCCAUCAGUUCAGCCGACCUGUUUGGGGAGGGCGGCGAUAAAGGGAGAGCUCCGGGCUUUGACAGCGUGCUCCCCUCCGGCCCCGACAUCGCACAAUUCAAACAGGGAGUGAAGACCGUAGCGGGCAAGAUGGCGGUCCUGGCCAACGGCGUCAUGAAUACUAUCCAGGACCGCUACGGCUCGUACUGAUGUGGCGUGGCGGCCAGCAGCGACCUGUGGGGAGAAACGACCUGAGCAGCCUCCUGACUGACGCGUGGGCGGAGUUGACGGGACGCAGAAAGGACCGCAUGAGGAAAACUAAUCGUCCUUCUCGCCCGUCCUCUCCUAGAGACAGUGUUCCAGGAGUGACACAGUAUUUUCUUCCCUCAUUCUCAUUAGCAGACUCUUGAGUUUUUAUUUUCGUAAAGGAAACCAUCGCAGGGUGUAGUUUUUUCUAAACCAAGAGUUAAUUUACUGUCGAGAAUUUUUUUGGUCCUAGUUUUCAAAAAUGACGUCAGAGUAAAUUCUUCUAUAUUUUAUUCCUUCUACAUAAAUCAAGUUUUUGAUUCAUACUAUCAAAUACUUCAUGCUUAUGUCUUCUUUUUUUUGUUUAAUAAUGAUAUUAAAAAGUUCCAGUAUCUAUUUUAAACUGUCAGCGUUAAUUUUGAACAAGAAUCCACAACGUUUGCAUCCAGUGUUUGAUCCACUCAGUCCAGUUUGUCCACGUUUGUUUGUUUUUUACACGAAGCACUGACUGCAGCUGUCUCGACGAGUUCAGACGGUUUGUGAGCUCGGAGUUAUGCAUUUCUGUCUGGGUGAGCCCGUAUAUAUUAUGAAACAGUGGAGCAUCAAAUAUUUGGUGUCCUAGCUGCUAUGGUUAUUUAUUAUAUAUCUUUUAAUAGUUAAAGCGUUCCAACAGACAGACACAGGGCAGGAGAACUAAAGAUAAUGGAACCAUGUGGAUACCUCGGCUGUAUCAAAUAGUUUGAAGAUUCAAAGCUUCAUUCAAACACUAACCAGCAUGUUUAAGCAUUUUUUUGUGGCUCCACUAAUAUUUUUAGUAUUUUACUGUGAUUAGAAUUUGAUUCUAGUGGCAUCUGCGUUUACAGCGCUGCAGAAUGUGGUUGAAAAAAAAUAAAUGUACGGUAAUCAUUUCCAAAACUCUAAACACAAUUUUUUUGUCUAACAAAAGAUUCUGACUCCAUCAAUAUUUGUUGACAUUUAACCAUCUUUUUUUUUUUUUAUUGCUGCAAAAAACUGUUGGCACACCCCUUUAUUAAUGAAGCUGUCUGCAGGAAUCUAACAGAACCAUAAAUUACAUUUAUAUCAACCAAAUUUAAAAAAACAAGUCAUAUUUAAUCUCGGACACUAUUAUAGCAAAUGAAGUCAUACAAAUAUAAAUGGGAUACAGGUGCAUCUCAAUAAAUUGGAAUAUGAUGGAAAAGUCAAUUUCCAGUAGUUCAAAUCUAACAGCCACAACCAAGUAUUGGGUCAUAUAUGGAUGGACAUACUUUUCAGAGGCCAACAUUUCCAUAUUUAUCAUACUUUUGUAUUCAAAUUUUUUCGAGACACUGAAUUUAAGGUCUUCAUUAAAUGUAAGUCAUAAUCAUUAUAAUUAGAAGAAAUUAAAUAAAUGAAGACAUGAAAUAUUUCAUUCUGUGUGUAAUGGAUGUAUAUAAUGUGUUAUUUACACUUUUUGAAUUGAAUUACUGACAUAAAUAAAGUUUUCUAGGAUAUUCUAAUUUAUUGAGAUGCACCUGUACGGUGCUUAACAACUUUAUUAGACCAACUGUCUUAAAAAUUAGAAAACAUAAAUAUUUUAGAAAUCUUUAAAAAGCUUAAAAAAGUUUAAAACUAAAAUGUUAUUGUUAUUUAUUUUGCCAAUAACGAGUUGAAUUCAACUUUUUAUACCAUAAAAGCAGAACAUUUAACCACUAAAACUCAUUCUUCUGUUCAGGAAAGCAAGCAAGUAAAUAACUAUUAAUGGACUCUUAAUCAAGAAAGCAUGAUGUGCUGUACUAUGUUUCACCGUUUUUUUUAAUAAAACCGCCUCAACAGAAGCUUUGAAUAGAAACUAAACGUUCGGUACAGCCCGAGUGACUCCAACACCACGAGUCCCUGCUCAGAACUUAUCGACUCUGUUCUGCAUCUUCACGUCACAACCUCCAGACUCUGACGUGCUGCUGGUUGAAUGUGAAGUCUGCCUCUGAUAACAAGGACCUCCACUCUGCCUUUUUUACUCUCAGCAGUUGAAAAACUUUUAUUUUCGAAGGCUGAUGUCUUCUGUUUACGUUUUUAUCUCUUCAGUUUUAAACUUUUUGUGGCUGGUUUGACAAUAGUCCUGACUUUGUGUUGUGCCUAUAGAGACAAAAAUGAUUUCCAGUGCCAGUAAAAACAUCAAAAUGAGCUCUAAGUGAAAUUUUCAAUUCUCCAUAAUCAUGUUGGACACAGCUCCCUCCCCUUUGUGUUCCUGGCAGACUUGAUAUUCAACAAGAAAUUUACAGAACUGUCUUAACUGAUUAGAAACCGGUUUCAAAUGUCCUUUUGAUAGAUCAUGGCGUCAUAUUUGUCCCAGCGUGGCCUCCGUGCCUGUCUGUGUAUCUUCCACGUGUGAUAAACUCUCCAAAAAGUAACAAACAUUUGAACUGAGGAUAAAAAACAUUCAACUAUUUAUUUGUAGGCUACAAAAAGAAACUUAUCCAGUAUGUUAAUAAAGAUUUAAAACCUC